AGUGAAGUUUUUUACGCAGAACUGAGUAAGAGCUCGAACAUAAUUACCCACUCAUUCUGUUUGCGUUUCAAAAAGUGAUUGUAGCUUUGUCGUACCCAGUGCAUUCCUUCAGCAGCAACCAAGCACCGCUUUUUGUCUCUUCCUUCCCUUCUAUCGCGCACCUUUUUUAUUGCCAACGCUGAUUGUUUAAGAAACGCCAGCACGUGCCGGCUCAACUUAUUUUCAGACAACAAGUAUGUGUUAUUUUCAGACACCGGAGUGAUACUACAGCUAUUUGAAUUUUUAAUACGGCUUCACCACUGCGCCACUAUUUAAUUGAUUGUGCUUAGGCACUUGGGACGAUUAUAGCAGGGUGAAGAUAUUAUCCAAGCAACAUGUUGUCGCGCUUAUAAAACAGCUAAAGUAGCAGGCCACGAGGAGGCGGAUGAAAAAAUAGACGCAAGCGAGCGCUUUACGUUCUAUGCAACCCAGAUAACGAACGUACGAAAGAGAAAUUAAGACCAAAAUGCCGCCGUCUGCGAAAUGCCUGAAGCGAAUCCAGAAGGACAUGAUGAAUGUCCAGGCUCUCAGCCUAGAGACGAAUGGCUGUUGGGUGGAUCCGCAGACGUUCGACAAGCCAGAGUGGCACGUCUACAUCCAAGGUACAACAUUUUCUGCUUCAUAAAAGAGCCUACGUUGUAAAACUAGAAAGAAUUACGCUGGUGGCACCAUGGAAGUUAAUUUGUACUGGUAGGUCGGAAACAGAGUGGUCAACGUUGAACAUUCGUUUCUCUUCCUCGCAUGAAAGAAGAUAAACUCCGUACUAAAAAAAUCCCCAAAUCAGGUCCAGUGAAGACGGUAUGGGAGAAGGGAGUGUUCAAGCUAAAAAUGUCAUUCCCCGAUAACUACCCUUUCGACCCAAUAAAAAUCAACUUCGACAAGGGCAUAUACCACCCAAACGUCGGCACCGGGGGAACCAUCUGUCUCGACGUAUUUGCUUUUUGUUUUGAUCGUUUUCCGUUCUAUUUUCAUCAAUCUUUGCACUGUACGUUGUCAUAUCAUGCAAAUGCUUGUUGACGUCCUACAAUGAAGAGUACUUGAACAACAAACAGAUCAUCAAGAAAGACGCCUGGUCACCCUCUUACACUCUGCAAUCGGUGUUCACCAGCAUUCGCUCUCUUCUUUGCGACCCGAAUCCCGACUCCCCCAUGAAUGGCGACUCUGCACGAGCAUACACUAAGGACAAAAAGGUACUACAUUCUCGCUUGCUGACUGUGUUGUUCGAUUCAAAUUUAUUUGCAUCUGUUCUGCUCCUGUGCGUAUCACCGUGCAGCAUUGUUAUGUAUGUUGCAGCGUGCGCCUGCAAAAGCAAAUACGCUAGUGGCCACUACAGCAGCCAAUCGUAAAUGUUUCCUUCCCUAUCCCCAUUUCUCAGGCUUACGAGCGCAAAGUCCACGAGACGAUCGAGAAGCAUGGGAAGUGCCUCCCUACCCACAAGCGGCAGACGCAGCACAGCGAAAAACCGGAUUCGAAGACGCUGGAUCGCCUCAAGCAGCAGGAAUGUAGCGGAGCGGGCGGCGCGGCCGCGAGCUCGUCGUCUGCGGCCUCUGCCGCCAACAACAAAACAACGACGGCGAACCAGUCUUCGGGCCCCGGUGCAGCGACAACAAAAGGGGCGUCCGCAUCGUCCACGUCGUUCUUCUCAGCGCUGAGCGCAUCCGCAUCUGGCCUUUUCGGCUCCGCCUUGGGAAGGACAGGCACGAAUCCGAAUGCCACCACAACAGCAAGUGCGCCGGCUGCGUCGACGAUCAACAACAAGCGCACCACCUCAAAAGAUCAGACAAGCGGGGGCGCGAAGCAGCCCGCAGCAAAAAAAAGAAAAAGGAGCGGAAGUGCGGGUAGCCCCAAGAGAACUUCAAGCAAGCAGGGUGGUUCAGCGGGAAACAGUAGCGCAGCAGGAGCGUCUUCAUCCGCCGCUGCGGUGCCGCCGCCCGCCCCGAAUGCGGCGAAUCGCGCUCCUCCAGCUGGGGGCAACGAUGUCAUCAUCUUGUCUGAUAGCGAUUGA